ACAAGUCACUCUUGAAUUUUCAUCCUUCCAUCUAGCUUUUCCUGUCUCCUGACCUAUACCCUGUCUAUCAAAAGAAAAUGAAUAAGAAGUUGAAGACCCUUUUCAUUGUGGCCAUGCUAAUGGCUUUGAUGGCCAUGACAGUAGCAUCUUUUGAAACCAAUAACAAUGAGAUCAACGAGGAACCAAACUCUGUGAGAGGAACAAGCCGGUUCCUAUUGCAGAGAAGCAGCAAGGCCACCGUGACAUGUGACAAGAACCCAAAGGUUUGUGAUAGCACUAAUUGCUGCAACAACAAGUGUGUGGAGUUGUCAACAGAUGAAUUGAACUGCGGAAGGUGUGGGAAGAAAUGCGGACAUUCCAAGAUGUGCUGUGAAGGUAAGUGUGUCAUCCCAAUGACUAAUGAGAAGCACUGUGGCAAAUGUGGCAACAAGUGCGAUUCCAAGAGCUCCUGUGUCUAUGGCAUGUGCAGCUAUGCGUAG